GAAAUUUGAUUUAGUUUGUGUAAGGAAAACUGAUUGGUCAAGCAAGUGUAAGGAAAGUUUAGAAAAAGAAAAAAAAAUCGAAAAAAUACUUAAUAAUUAUUUUUGAAUAGUCAAAUACAAGAGGAGUAACAAAGAUUUCCCUCUUCUCUUCUAGGGAGCGGACAUGUAUAAUGCAGCUGCCAUAAACAAGCACCAUGAAGGGUCGAUGAGGACCACUGUUCCCCACAUGGUCCUACCUCCUCCCUCAGCUCCCCUUCCUGUUAGAAGACCAGUUUCCCAAGUGUCACAGGAAGGGAGCAGAAGAGAUUAUAAGUGCAAGGUGUGCGGUUACCAGGCCAUCAGUGAAUCCAAACUCACCAUACACAUCCGCAAGCACACUGGGGAGAAGCCAUUUGUUUGUCCGUUUUGCUCCUAUAGAUGUGCACACAAGAGUAAUCUCAUAACUCAUGUGAAAACACGUCAUGCAGAGCAAGGCCAGCCAUAAAUGAAUGAUCUUGAAACUUUGGGAAAAUUGAAGAAUGGUGAUUUCCACUGUGUAACAUGUAUUUGGAACAUCCAUGAGACUGAAUUGUCAGACUUAAAUGAAAGCAUUUUAUGUGCCAUAUAUAAAGUAUGAAAGGGGAAAACAGAGAGUCAUUUAAUUGUAGUUGAAUGUUGCCAUCAGAGGAGUAACUCUCAUGGGAUUUUCCUCUUCUCUUCUAGGGAAUGGACUUGUCCAAAGCAGCCAGUUGCCGGCACCGUGAGGGGCAGGUGACAUCUGUUUAUCCCACUGGUGUGUUUCUGCCUUCUUAUAAGUCUUCCUCAGGAGGAAGACCAGUUGCCCAGUUAUCUCAGGAGAC